GCCCACCCGCGAACGCUUAUUGGUCCACUCAGGUGUCAAUCUCCAAGCCGGAACUACGUUUACAGAAUCUGUGGCGCAAAAAUGGAGGAUAACGUUAAAGAGAUCAGCAGACCUCAGAUGUAUUUAUUUGGUUGCUCACUUAAAGGAGAUAAGAAAGAGCACAGAAUUGAGGUGGAGGAUGAUGAUGACAAUGAACAUCAGCUGUCACUCAAUGCGGUGUGUUUGGGGUCGGAGGCAGAGGAUAAAUUUCACACCGUGGAGAUGGAGGGAUUGACAUACGAUGGCAAGAUGACCAAAAUCACUCUUGCUGUUCUGAAACCGUCCGUUCUGCCUUCUUUGAGUCUGGGAGGGUUCGAGGUCACACCUCCUGUAUCUUUCCGCCUGCAGUCGGGAGGAGGGCCGGUCCACAUCAGCGGUCAACAUUUCGUCAGCACGAAAGAAUCAGAUGAUGAGGAUGAGGAGGAAGAGAAUAACACCUCACCAGUGAAGAGACCGUCCAACAUGACCCUUGCCAAAGUGCCUCAGAAAAAGCUAAAAAUGGACUCGGAUGAAGAUGAAGACUCAGAUGAGGAGAGUGAGGAAGAUGAUGACGAGGAGGAAGACGACAACGAAGAAGACGAUGAGGAUGAAAAGACGGCAAAGAAGGCCCCCAUCAAAGCGUCUCAAAAACAGACCCCAGAGAAGAAGAAGAGUGCAGACAGACAGAACGGCUCGCCAGACAGGAAAGCAGCAACACCAGGAAAAUCUCAAGAUAAGACACCACAGAAGGUAAAAGACAAGUCUGCGGCAGGGUCGUCCGGAAAGUCUCCCAGCGCUCCGGACCUGAGUGAGAUCAAAAACAAACUGGCAUCGGCGGCUAAAGAGGGGAGGCCGCUUCCAAAAACGGAACAGAAGUUUGAGAACUACGCUAAAAGCUCAUUCAAGAUCUCCGAUAAACAAGUGAUCAAAGACCUUUGGAAGUUUGUACAAUCACUGAAAAAGUAAUGGCAGCUCUGUGCAGAAGUCUGAGGUCGGCCAGUGACUCCUUCAGCUGCGCAAUCUGGCCUCACCGAACACGAUCGUCAUAGAGCCUUCGGCAGUGGAGAUAUUAUGGUUCAUGUUUGAUCUUUUCUUUGAAUGAUAGAUGGUGAUUUUCUUUUAAAACAUUAUUGAAAUGUUUUUGUCAGGCUGUUAUCAUUUUAAACUCAUUUUUAAGGAUGAAUCUCAUAAAGACUGUCUAUAUAGGUUGUGCUUCAUCUCUAAAUUAAUAGAGAAAAAAUUGCAUUGCAUUGUGACAUUAUUUUCAUGACUUUUAAGCCUAUGUGCUUAUACUUUUCACUUUAAUGUGAAGUAAAUAGUUUAUGUUUUUGUAUAAAUCUAUCAUGGUUUAAUGAAAUAAAACUGUACUGCAGUAAUAACUAAUACAUUACAGUUUGAAAUGUGCUUCACUGUCAUGAAAAUAAUUAUUUCAAUGCAAAAAAUAUAUUUUGGGGUCCUUAAAAAGAAAAUGUUUAAUUUUCGUCAUGCAUUAAUUUAGUUUUUAUUAAUGUGAAAUUUUUCUUGAGAUUCACCUGUAAAUACUUAAAAAAAAGAUUGCCACUGAACUGAUGCUGAUUGGUGCUUCAUUCUCAUACAAUGAUAUUUGUUUGGGAAUCUCUUUAAAAAAAAAAUCAAGGCUUAAAAUUGAUCUUGCUCUAUCUGCAUUAAAAGUAGCUAGCUUUCUGUAAAUACUGCUCUUUAUCUGAAGGCAGCUGACAUUGCUGAAUAAAUCCUAAAGAUGCUUAAAUGUUAAAAAUUCCGUCCCUCAUGAAAGUUCCUCCUAAAUCGAGGAUUCCCAGUUUUCCGUAUAGCUCUCAGGUUUCUUCCCUGCCGCGAUCCGUAUGGCCUUUAUCAUUUACACACUGUAAGCUUGAAUACAUUAAAGCUUAAGUGCUAUAGAUACUCACGAAAACAUCCGAGAAGUUCGAUCGAAAGUUUACACCUCGUAAAAAAUGAUUGUUAGUCCCCUAGUAUUAGGUCAUUAAAUAUGACAACAAUAGUGUUUGAGUGAUAAAGUAAACUUUUCAUUUUAAUUUUUUGCAAUAAGCUGUUUUAUUUUGUUAGCGCUAACCCCUAAAUAUACAUAGGUGGUUUUAUGAGAGCGAAAGAGAAGAGUCUGUCCUCAAUCUGUUAUAAUUUCUUUGACGCAUGUUGUGUUGCUUUAAGUUUGUACAGAUGUGAUUUUUUUUUACACUUCGUCUGUACUGCAUAUGAGCAGCGCAUGGCAACAAAACUUCAUCAGCCCCCAUAUAAUCAACUGUACUGUAUGUGUCUAUACUGUAAAGGGAGCAUUGUCGUAUUGUUGCAUUAUGCCACUCGUAUGCAGUAUAGAUGAGAUGGCUUGCCAUGGAUGAAAAAGGAAAGAAACCAGGUUUAGUUUAUACUGUUUUACAUCCUUUUAGUUUUUUCUUUAAAUAAUGUGAAGUUAACUAUACUCUGUACUGAAGUUACUCCUGUGUCUCUGCAAAGACCACCAAGUGCAACCAAUAAGUUGUUGUUAUGGUGUAUAGAUGCAACUGUGUGAUUCUUUACAAAGUAAUAAACCGUUCUUUUAUUUUAA